AUGGCAGCGGUCCCCGUCCCCGCGCCUGCCUCCCUUCUAGGCCGGCACCGCAUCUUGUCGCCCACUGCUGGCGUCAAGGUCUCUCCUCUUUGUUUAGGCGCUAUGAACUUUGGCGACGCAUGGAAAGACUUCCUUGGCGAAUGCACCAAGGAAACCGCCUUCUCUAUCCUCGACUACUUCUACAGUCAGGGCGGCAACUUCAUCGACACGGCCGUAAACUACCAAUUCAACCAAAGCGAACAGUGGGUCGGCGAGUGGAUGGAGAGUCGUGGGAAGAGAGAUGAGAUGGUGAUUGCAACAAAGUUUACAGGCAACCAGAUGAGCCAUGUCCAAGGCGUGUUACUGAGUAACUUUGGGGGAAACAGUGCGAAGAAUAUUCAUACGAGUGUGGAGAGGUCUUUGAAACAACUGAGGACAUCAUACAUUGAUAUUUAUUACCUCCAUCUCUGGGACCACUCAACGUCGAUUCCGGAAAUCAUGCAUGCCCUCAAUGACCUGGUCACAUCCCGCAAAGUAAUCUAUCUAGGAAUAAGUGACACCCCGGCCUGGAUCGUCGUCAAAAUGAACGACUAUGCACGACACCACGGACUUCGCCCCUUUUCGUUAUACCAAGGUCGCUGGUCAGCCGCCGAGCGCGACUUCGAGCGCGAAAUCAUCCCAAUGUGCAUGGAAGAAGGAAUGGCGCUCGCACCAUGGGGUGCAAUUGGGGGUGGAUACUUCAAGCCCAAGGAGGAGUGGGGAAAAGACGGGUCUCGGACGUUCACUGGUGGGGCGACAGGCAAGGAAGAGAAGGUCUCGCUGGUGCUGGGCAAGAUUGCUCAGGCGAAGGGGACGCUGAUAACUUCCGUGGCGCUCGCCUACGUCAUGCACAAAGCGCCUUACACAUUCCCCAUCGUCGGUGGCCGUAAAGUGGAGCACUUGAAGUCCAACAUUGAGGCUCUUGGCUUGCGACUCACAGAUGAGGAUAUGAAUGAAAUCGAUAGUGCAUAUGGGUUUGAGAUUGGAUUCCCACACAAUUUGCUCAAUCCGGAAAACAAGAUGUUGUUGGGUCCGGAAGACAAUCGGUUCAACCAAAGGUCAGGAUAUUUCGACUAUGUGAUGAAACCGAAGCCAAUUGCGCCGCAUAAGGGGGCGUUAGAUAGCCAAUUCAAGGAGAUUCCUCCGGCCCCAUAG